GGAGGAGGCGGCCGCGGCGGAGGAGGCGCUGCGGGGAUUGGGAUGCUCCCUGGAGCCCCGCUGCUCGUUCACUCUGGGCCGGGCCGGAGACUGUGCCACUCCCGCGGCCGCCGCCGCCUCCUACGUGGUUCCAGCGCUGCGCGCAGGCCUGUCCCGCAGGGGGCAGGGAAGGGGGCCGGCCGGGCGGGAGGAGCAACGUGCAACAAGUCACCAGGGUGGUACAUUCAAGCUGCAGAUUUGUUUGUCAUCCUUGUACAACAAUCUCCUUCUCCACUGCCACUGCAGGGAAGUGCAUCACAUGUCAGCAUCCUGGAGCAUAAUGAAAGAGUCUAUUUUGAGUCCUCAAAAGUAGUGCUGCUAAGGACCAUGAGCAAGAGAGAACGAGUGGACUUCAGCCUGCACGAAUGAUCUUGAAUCACGAAUGGUCUAGGCAACUUACACUGAGAUUCUCUACUGCUGCCCUUUCUACUCAAGCAAAAUCUGUGUGGAAAGAUCCGCUGGGAAGGAAUUGACCACCUGUGGUUCUCCGUUGUGAUGAAAGCACAUGGUACAGUUUUCCAAAGAAAUUAGACCAUUUUCUUGGUGAAAAGAAAUCAACCUGCCGUGUUCGUAGGGUAUUUCUCACUUCUCUGUGAAAGGAAGAAAGAACGGGCCUGAGCCCAGGAGCCAUCCAGCUUCUGAGGGAAGUCUCCAUGGUGAAGCUUAGGCCGAGGCUACCUGUGAACGGGGCUCAGUGAAUGUUAAUCCGGAGCUACUGCUGGUGGAUCGUACCCACGGGGAGAUGAUUCCUCAUGAAGAGCCUGGAUCCCCUACAGAAAUCAAAUGUGACUUUCCAUUUAUCAGACUAAAAUCAGAGCCAGCCAGACAGUGAGACAGUCACCGUGGAGGGGGGACGGCGAAAAAUGAAAUCCAACCAAGAGCGGAGCAACGAAUGCCUGCCUCCCAAGAAGCGCGAGAUCCCCGCCACCAGCCGGCCCUCCGAGGAGAAGGCCACGGCCCUGCCCAGUGACAACCACCGGGCGGAGGGCGUGGCAUGGCUCCCCGGCAACCCUGGUGGCCGAGGCCACGGGGGCGGGAGGCACGGGCCGGCGGGGACUCCGGUGGAGCUUGGUUUACAACAGGGAAUAGGUUUACACAAAGCAUUGUCCACGGGGCUGGACUACUCCCCGCCCAGCGCUCCCAGGUCUGUGCCCGCGGCCACCACGCUGCCCGCGGCGUACCCUCCCCCGCAGUCAGGGACUCCGGUGUCUCCUGUGCAGUAUACGCACCUGCCGCACACCUUCCAGUUCAUCGGGUCCUCCCAGUACAGCGGGCCCUACGCCGGCUUCAUCCCUUCCCAGCUGAUCUCCCCGCCGGCCAACCCUGUCACCUCCGCCGCGGGGGCCACCACUCCCUCCCAGCGCUCGCAGCUGGAGGCCUAUUCCACUCUGCUGGCCAACAUGGGCAGUCUGAGCCAGGCGCCGGGACACAAGGUGGAGCAGCAGCACCUGGGCAGGGCGCAGGGGCUCCUCAGCCCGGGGUCCCCGCCGGCCACCCAGCAGAACCAGUACGUGCACAUAUCCGGUUCUCCGCAGAGCUCCGGGCGCGCGGCCUCGCCUCCGGCCCUGCCCGUCCACCUCCACCCGCACCAGACCGUGAUCCCACACACGCUCACGCUGGGGCCCCCCUCCCAGGUCGUGCUGCAGUACACCGACUCCGGCGGCCACUUUGUUCCUCGCGAGUCCACCAAGAAAGCCGAGAGCGGCCGGCUGCAGCAGACCCUCCAGGCCAAGGAGGUCCUCAACGGGGAAAUGGAGAAGAGCCGGCGGUACGGCGCCCCCCCCUCGACCGACCUGGGCCUGGGCAAGGCCGGCGCCAAGCCCGCGCCUCACCCGUACGAGUCCCGGCACGUGGUGGUGCACCCGAGCCCCGCGGACUACAGCAGUCGCGAUCCUGCGGGGGUCCGGGCCUCCGUGAUGGUCCUGCCCAACAGCAACACGCCCGCAGCCGACCUGGAGGGACAGCAGCCCGCCCAUCGGGAGGCCUCGCCCUCCACCCUCAAUGACAAGGGCGGCCUGCAUUUAGGGAAGCCCGGCCACCGGUCCUACGCGCUGUCACCGCACACGGUCAUCCAGACCACGCACAGUGCUUCAGAGCCGCUCCCGGUUGGACUGCCAGCCACGGCCUUCUACGCGGGGACUCAAGCCCCUGUCAUUGGCUACCUGAGCGGCCAGCAGCAGGCCAUCACCUACGCCGGCAGCCUGCCCCAGCACCUGGUGAUCCCCGGCACCCAGCCCCUGCUCAUCCCGGUCGGUGGCACGGACAUGGAAGCGUCGGGGGCAGCCAACGCCAUCGUCACGUCGUCCCCCCAGUUUGCUGCAGUGCCUCACACGUUUGUCACCACCGCCCUUCCCAAGAGCGAGAACUUCAACCCCGAGGCCCUGGUCACCCAGGCCGCCUACCCAGCCAUGGUGCAGGCCCAGAUCCACCUGCCUGUGGUGCAGUCGGUGGCGUCCCCUGCCGCGGCUCCCCCCACGCUGCCCCCCUACUUCAUGAAAGGCUCCAUCAUCCAGUUGGCCAACGGGGAGCUGAAAAAGGUGGAGGACUUAAAAACGGAAGACUUCAUCCAGAGUGCGGAGAUCAGCAACGACCUGAAAAUCGACUCCAGCACCGUGGAGAGGAUCGAAGACAGCCACAGCCCGGGCGUCGCUGUGAUACAGUUCGCCGUCGGGGAGCACCGAGCUCAGGUCAGCGUUGAAGUUUUGGUAGAGUAUCCUUUUUUUGUGUUUGGACAGGGCUGGUCGUCCUGCUGUCCAGAGAGAACCAGCCAGCUCUUUGAUUUGCCGUGUUGCAAACUCUCAGUUGGGGACGUCUGCAUCUCACUUACCCUCAAGAACCUGAAGAACGGCUCUGUUAAAAAGGGCCAGCCCGUGGAUCCCGCCAGCGUCCUGCUGAAGCACUCAAAGCCCGACAGCCUGACGGGCAGUAGACACAGGUAUGCCGAGCAGGAAAAUGGAAUUAAUCAGGGAAGUGCCCAGAUGCUUUCUGAGAACGGCGAACUGAAGUUUCCAGAAAAAAUAGGAUUGCCUGCAGCGCCCUUCCUCACCAAAACAGAACCCAGCAAGCCCACGGCCACAAGGAAGAGGAGGUGGUCGGCGCCGGAGACCCGCAAACUGGAGAAGUCAGAAGACGAACCACCUUUGACUCUUCCUAAGCCUUCUCUAAUUCCUCAGGAGGUUAAGAUUUGCAUCGAAGGCCGGUCUAACGUAGGCAAGUAGAGGCAGGGUGGGGGACAGGAGACGUGGUUCUCCCUUACCAUUUGUAUCCAGAUUACUGUACUGUAGGCUAAAUAACACAGUAUUUACAUGUUAUCCUCUUAUUUUAGGUUUCUGUUCUAACCUGGUCAUUAGAGUUACAGCAGGUGUGUUGCGGGAGACUGGUGCAUAUGCUUUUGUCCACGGGCAGUCGGGGUUCCAGGCAGCCUGGGUGGACAUGAAGGUGGCUUCAUAGCGCCUGCCUUCUCGAGCAGCCCAGAAGCCACCAGGGGGUGCUGACUCCCACUAGUUGCAAGAGAAAGUUCUGUGGGAAGGGGCCUGCAGGGGUGUGGGGGGUGCACGGGUGCCGUGGCGGCGAGUGAGGGUCUCUUUUUCUCUGCCUCCCUCUGUCUCCCUCUCUUGCUCUCAGCAUGGGAUUGGGGGUCUAGAGCAGUGUCCUCCUGGGGUUCACACAUGCAAAAUCCACAUCAGGAACCCUGCUUCAGGGCAUCGUAGAGAGGCAUCAGAUGGCAGAUGGAAAGCUAACUGUUUAAAAGAACGUUUUUCUCUCCAACAUAUUUUACAAUAAAAGCAACUUUGAAUCAUAUAGAUAUAUAUAUAUUUCCCCCUAUGGGGCCUGACUGCACUGAUAUAUAUUUUUUUUAAAAGAGCAACUGCCACACGUGGGAUUUCAUUUCUGCUUUGCUAGUGCAGUGAUGUCGCCAGGGUGUCAUGGUGGGCAGGGAAGCCCCCUGCUCACAUUGCCCCACAUGGGUGGGGGUGAGGGGUGGCUGGGAGCAGGGAUUGGGGAGAGAAUGAACACCCACACUGGUUUCUGUGCAGUGUUAGGAAAACCAAUCAGGUUCUUGCAUUGACUUCGCUCCCAAGUGAUACGUGCAAACCGCCCUUCUGUGAGAGCAUCGGAAGCUCUUUGCAUUGAUUUUGCAAAAUCUUUUUGUCUUUUAACUCUACUCUAUUUAUAGUUCAUGACUAUGGACAACUUGGGUGCCACUUUUUUCAGAUUCCAGUGUGACAUGAGGAAUUAGAUUUUGAAGAAAUGAGCAUAUAUUACUAUCUCUAAGCACUUAAAAUACUGUUCACACUUUAUUACCAAGCAUCUUGGUCUAUCAUUCAACAAGUACUGUAUCUCACUUUAAACUCUUUGGGAAAAAAAAAAAAAAACAAUAAAUAACUAAGUUGCUUUCUUUUUUUCAACACUGUAACUACAUUUCAGCUCAGCAGAGUUGCUCAUGAGCAAGAUAUUGAAAGUUUCAAUGUGGUUUAAAGGGAUGAAUGUGAAUUAUGAACUAGUAUGUGACAAUAAAUGACCACCAAGUACUACCUGACAGGAGGCACUUUUCACUUUGAUGUCUGAGAACGAGUUAAAGGCAUAUACGGAGUUGGCAGAGAAACUGAGAGAAAAGGGAUGGAGAAAAUACUCAUUUUUGUCCAGUGUUUUUAUUUUGAAGAUGAACUUUUAAAGAACCUUGCAAUUUGCACAUCUUGAGUUUAUAAUUUGUGUGAUAUUCCUGCAGUUUUUAUCCGAUAACAUUGUGGGAAAGGUUUGGGGGACUGAACGAGCAUAAAUAAAUGUAGCAAAAUUACUUUCUAA